AUGGCGGAACCGGAGAUUCAGCAUGCUCGCCGAUUGUCGGCUGAGAACCAAACCAUCUCGAAAUCCGAUAUUCCCUUGAAGGAACGCUUCUUCCGUUACUUCCAGCAUGAAAUCACAGCCUUGCAGGAACAGAUGGACCGCCUAGCGGAUACGGCCCUUGUCGGUGGUGAACGAGCGGAUGCCACGGAUCAUUGCCUAGCCGGGAUUGUACGACUUUCAAACGAGGUUAAGGAUGCGGCGAGUUAUAUCCCGACCUACGAUCAAAGAGUCUACGCAGAGGCAAUCAAAGCCCUACAGGACAAAUUGAACGAAACUCGCGCAGCAUUCGAACCUCGCUCAAAAUUCAGUUUCAAGGCAAAGAAGAAUUCUUCCGGGAUCUCCCUCUCCGAUGCUGCCACGUUGGCCGCCGAAGGUCGUCGCAGUGUGCCAGGAUACCACUCUCCCGGUGCCUCGUCGAUGGGUUCGUCUGGCAAUCAAACUCCGAACUAUCCGUCAACUCCCUUGAAUGAACCGGACAAGCAACGCCAAGAGAGACCCGAGAUUGCGCCAACCUCUUUCCCUGCAAUUUCACCUACGGAGGUACUGGCAAGGUCUCAACUUGAUACCAAGCCUGGUCUGUCAGCAUUCGCGGCCAGCGGCAUAUCUUCCGUCUCCGUAGACGAUCAUUAUGGUCUGCACAUCAUGCUUCCGGCCUCUGGCUCUACUGCUACUGUCCCUGCCUCGAUUACUUCCCUUCUACAUUGCGUCGUUGACAUGUCGAUCCCCACUUCAAACGGAAAGCCCUAUGCCAGUUUGACCAUCAAGGACAUCAAGGAGAGUCUGCUGAUCUGCGGACAAGUGAACGGCCCGGCACACAUCACCGGGGUAGACCACAGUGUGAUGGUGGUUUCGUGUCGGCAGUUCCGUAUGCACAAUUGCAGCGACGUAGAUGUCUACCUCAGUUGCUCUAGUAACCCCAUCAUUGAGGAUUGUACCAAUAUUCGAUUUGGCCGGAUCCCUAAAGCCUAUGCACCUAAUCAUGACCGCUUGGAUCACGAAGAUCAUUGGAGCCAGGUUGAAGAUUUCAAGUGGAUCAAAGCUGAGCCAAGUCCGAACUGGAGCCUUUUGGAUCCUAGCGAUGCAGUCCCGGAGGAGGUCUGGGCUGAGAUCGUUCCCGGCGGGCCGGGAUGGUCCCUCGAAGACAUCCUGCACGCCAUCAAAUUGGUGAAAGGAUGA